GAAUGCGUGUGCAACUGCCAAAGCGGCAAAGGUUGGGGGGGGAGGAGACAGGUAAACACGGCAGCAUGGAAAGUCCAAGGAGGACUCCAACAAAGCACAGUAGCGCCUGACUGCAAGACCUGCUUACCUCACUUUGCCAACCAACAAGAAAGUGAAAGAAGACCCGACCAGGCUGCACGGAGGACAACGCUGACAGAAAAACGUGCAGACAUCAGCGGGGAGAGCAAGCAACAGGACCUCGCAGCGUGCCUGAGAGAGUGUGUGUGUGUGUGUGUGUGAGUGUGGGUGUGUUUGUGCGCGUGUGCGCGCUCACCAGCAACAACAAUGUUGAUGAAAGAAUACCGAAUAUGCAUGCCACUCACCGUGGAUGAGUACAGGAUCGGGCAGCUGUACAUGAUCAGCAAGCACAGCUGCGAGCAGAGCGGUGGGGGAGAAGGGGUGGUGGUGGUGAAGAACGAGUCAGACAUUCACCCCCAACACGGCCCGGGACAGAUGACGGAGAAGCGAAUCUACCUCAGCAGCAAACUUCCAGCCUGGGCCAAGACCUUUGCCCCGCGCUUCUUCUACUUGACAGAAAAGGCCUGGAAUUUUUACCCGUACACCAUCACAGAGUACUCAGCAUCCUUUCUCCCCAAGUUCAGCAUCCGUAUCGAGACACGAUUCGAGAACAACAACGGCGGCAAUGACAACGUAUUCGGGGACACGCCGACACCCGCAGAGAAUGUGGCUUUCUUGGACAUCCUGCGCGACCCCAUCCCUGACAAGAACUACAAAGAGUCAGAGGAUCUCUCUCGCUGGCAGUCCAGCAAAACGAAGAGAGGGCCCCUGGAGGAGGGCUGGAGGAACGACCACCAGCCCAUCAUGUGCUCCUACAAGAGGGUGCAGUGCAGCUUCGAGGUGUACGGCCUCCAGACCAAGACGGAGGAGUUCAUACACAAAAACAUCCGGGACAUCCUGCUGGUGGGCCACAGGCAAGCAGUGGCGUGGUUGGACGAAUGGCACGGACUAAGUUUGGAGGAGGUGAGAGAUUACGAACGGGAGAUGCAAGAUAAAACCAACAGCAAAGUCAAACCACACGCAGGGGCUCCCACCCCCCGCGCCCCCGUCUUCUCUCGCUCCAUGUCGGUGACGGAUGAGCAUUCCCUCAAGAAGAUGACGGCUUCUGCAUCGCCCGCCCCCUCGGCGAGCUCCACCGUGCAGAAGGGCCCCGUCCGUCUUAACUCCAACCCUGAAUGACGUCACACACACACACACACACACACACAUUAUGCAUGAUCCCUGACAAAUUAAGGACAACGUCAAAAGUGGGAAAGAUACUCCUCAAGAUCUCACUUUCAACUUCAUUCCUUCUUCCGUCUUCUUUGGCCCAACUUAGCAAACAUUAACAACAACAACAGCAACUAUGUAAGUAUCUUAUUUAUUUUGAUCCGGCCCAGCACACAUAUCCAUAAAGAUCGUAACCCUAGGGUGUCCAAAGUGUGGCCCCUGGGGCCAUUUGCGGCACAUGGCUGUUUUUUUUAUUGGCCCGCACCACAUUCUUAAACUAAAAAAGGAAAAAAAUGGAAAAAUCUGCAGUAAUUUUAUGAGAAUAUAUUAGGAAGAAAAGAAAAAGUUGUAAUUUUACAAGAAUAAUAUAUUUUGAGAAAAAAUAGCCGCAUUUUAGUAGCAUAAAGUUGAAAUAUCAAAGAAAAAAGAUGUUUUUUUUAAGCCAUAAUAAAACAAACAAACUAAACAACAAAUAAAGUAAUUUUUUUGUAAAAUUGGUUUUCAGAAAAAAUUAUAAUGCAGCAAGAAUAAAGUCAAAAUAUUAUGGGAACAAAUGAAACAAACAAUGAAAUAGUUGUAUGUUUUUUUUUAAAAAAACUGCAGAAAUGGAAGAAACAGCUGGAAUUUUACAAGAAUAAAUUGAUAAUAUUAUGAGGAAAAAUACUAUUUGUUACCAUAGAGUUGAAAUAAUUAAAUUAAAAAGUAUGUUAUGAGUCAUAAUAUUCUAAGAAACAAACAAAAAAAAUAAAGUUGUCAUGUUUGGAAAAUUAAGUUGGGGGAAAAGUUAUAAUAUUAUUGGAAUUAAGUGUUCUCAUAAUAUUACCGAAAGAACAUUUGCAAACCUUAUUUAAGAAGGAAAUAUAGAAAAUAUUUGGAAAACUAAAAAAAAAAAAAGGAAAAAUGUGCAGUAAUUAAAUGGUAGAUAAAAGAAAAAGUUGUGACCUAUCAUGAAAAAGUUGUAAUUUUACAAGAAUGAAGUGAUAUGAGGAAAAAGUUUAGUAGUGUAGAGUUGAAAUAAUUAAAGAAAAAAAAGUUUGUUUGUUUCAAGUUGCAAUUUUGCUAAGUCAUAAAUAGGAGACGUAAAUUUAUAAUAAGAAAGUUGAAAUAGUUGUAGAAUAAAAAUAAAACAACUUCAGAAAUAGAAAAAGCAAAAGGAAUUUUACAAAAAAAAGUCAAAAUAGGAGAAAAUAGUCAUAUUCUAACAAGAAAAAAGUCAAAAUUGUACAAGAAUAAAUUUUUAAUAUGAGGAGAAAUAUUAUCAUGUUAGUAGCAUAGAGUUGAAAUAAUUAAAGAAAAGAAUAUUAAAAAAAAAUGUUAAAACAAAAUAAAGUUGCAAUUUUUGGACAAUUGAGUUGGGGGAAAAUGUAUAAUAUUAUGAGACUAAAGAGAUAUAUUAUAAUAUAAUUAUCAUAUAUACGCGUAUUAAUUGAAAAUUUAUUAACCUUAUUUUAAGAAGAAAGAUAACAUUUUAAUAACCAACAGCAAAAAUGUGGAAAACAGAAGUUGAUAUUAAUAAUGUGUUCACCUACAAAAAAAAAAAAGCUGAGAUGCGCUUUUUUUCUUGAAAUAUAUACUGUAUAACUUGUUAGCAUAUGGCUUUACAAAAUCAAAGUGGCAAAGUUACAGCCUUUCAUUUUUUACUAUGUGGCCCUCACUGGUAGAGAAACCUUUGGACACCCCUUAAUCUUACCUAAGAUUUCACACAAAGCUUGUAAAAUAGACUUUAAAGAGCGCUGUUGUCUCACACAAGCCAAAAGUCCGACCUCAGUUUACAUACACCGGCCUUUUCGUACAACUCGCUUUUUGACGAACAUUUUUGCAGACGUUUCCGAUUUCGCCAAGAUGUAUGGCAAGUCAAGACGAAGAAAGAAGAAAUCCAGGAAGCUAACGUUGCUAAAGGGCAAAGGUGUUCCGAAGCAGAGACCACAACCGAUGGAAGAUGUUGAGAAGUUGGGUUUUUUUGUGUAGAUUUCUGCCUCUUUUUCACCUACCUUCCUUCCUCUCCGCUUUUCACCAUUUUGCCAACAAGUCAUCAAAGGUAAAAGUGAUGUUAAAUGUUCAUUUAUCCAUUUUAUUAGAUCCAUUUUUUUUGUUAAUAGGGUUAGUUUUCUGGAGCGGGUUCAUUGGAUUGACAUUAUUUCUUAAGGGAAAACUUUGCUUUGCUUUUGGUACAUUUUGGUUUUUGCAGGACUUUUUGGAAUAGACUCAUCUUUGUGCAUGCUUUUUGCUGCCAUUUUAACACCGGUCUGUGUAUUUGGUCAUGUAGGAGCUCAAAACUUUGGACCGGGACUGCUUAAGAGGGUUUGGAUGGUCACAUUCACAAGAGACAAAAAAACAAGCAGAUUUUGAUUGAACCGAAGCAAACAUGACAAAGUGUGAACGCACCCUAAGCGCACACAGACACAUCAAAGACACACCGAAGACAAAUUAACGCUACGGAAGCUGAAAUAAGUCGCAUUUUUAAGUGUAUGGAUACAAUAAAAUCUACCUGUUUAAAGAAGAAGCUUUUAAUGCCUGACAUGACACCUGGACGCAUCGUGGUGUGUAGAAACAUAUCAGACAUCCGUACCACUAAAAUGUCAUUUUUGUACGCACAAAUAUAAUGGAUGAUGUCAUCUAAUUUGCAUAUCAUUUGCAUAUGAUGUAAAAUGCUGUAGCAAAAAAGCACAACCUCGUAGGAGAGACAAAAAAAUGGAGUAAAAACACCUUAAUUACGUUUAGAACUACAAAUACACUUGAUUCUUGAUUUGUUCAUUUAAAAUUGUCCAUUUCAUGAAAAUAAAAUCACUUUAAUAUGUUAUCUCAAAGUUCUCCCAUCACACGUUGGCUAUUGAGAACUUUCUUAAAAUUAGCACAUUGACCAGUGAACAUCAGAUUAUGCUGUGUUUAUUCUAUGGCUCACGUUAACAAGACUAGGUGUGGUUCGUGAGUAGCACACUCUUCUGGUGAAUAUACUGUAUGUAAUUGCAAUUCAUUUGCAGUCUGGAUGUGUAGAGCUCCACAUCAUUGCUUGUGACUGCCUUUGGGUGAGGCUUACCUGUCAACAGCACCCGCCGCUGCGCAGUGAGAACACAAAAUGCAGAGCAAAUACAUGCUUUCACCGUAUUAUAAAACUCCCCAACAACGCCAGGAAACGUCGCUAUAUUGGUCGCUUUUGAGAAAAUAUGUCAUCAAGGGGGGUUGGAAUGUCGCCAGAUCUAGCCACAAAAUCGCCAAUUUGGCAACACUGGUGACAUGUGCUAUGUUUGACUGUGGAUGGUGUGAACAUGCUCCGGUAAGUUUAAAACACAGCGUGCAGAGACGUCCAAAACUGCUUUCAGGUCUCCCUUGCAAAUGUGCAAUCCUCAUUAUCUGUUGUCAUCAUUUAACACGAGAAUACAACACUGUAACAACACUUAUAGGUCAGAAAAGAGGAAGGGUCAGACAGAGACAGGGUCUAUACAGGCAACUAAUGUGGCUCACGCAGGUACCCUAUACUUGGGAAUUAUACCUCUCAUGACAAUUAACAAAAAAAUUGUCAAAAUGUUGAUACUAUCGAUUAUCGCCGAUAAUUUGUAGCAUAAGUAAUGACCAGCAAAAUUUGUUAUCAUGACAGGCCUAAGGACGCCUUCUCUUUAAGCUGUAAAAUUGGGAGGUCUCGCACCCUUGUCUCGGUACGGUUCAUCACCUUUCUCUUUUGUGUUGUCCAUGUGUUUGUUACAUCGUGUAUCGCUAUCUGGCGCAGCAACUCUGACAUAAACAAACACCACUGCUCCCACGUACUGGGUAUCGGUACGUUUGUAGCAGUUGCAAGAAACACGCGGUGGUUGGUCUCGGGCAGGACUUCUCCAACCGCUCACAGCAGGAUGCUUGCCAAAGAUGGAACUUCUCUUUAUAGCGCUUGAGAACACUUGGAUACAAACCACACCCCCAACCCGACUGAUUACUGUCCACACCAUAUGGGUUCAAACAUGAACGGUACUCAUCCUCCUUUAAUAACAUGAAAACCAUGCAGAAAUGCCAUAUCAGGAAGAGAAAAGGAAGUGUUGUCUCUUCUUUUGUGUGUGACAAAAAUGCUCUUUAUAAGUGUAUUUUCGAGGGUUUUUUUUUUACCAAAUCUAAAAUAGCAGAAUAUAGAAAUAACCCGUGUGCAGUAGAUAUCUUUUUUUUUUUUACUGUUCCGGACCAGCAUAACCAAGGGUGACGCAGCCAAAGUAUGACCUUGGUGGAGGUAAAAGGCAGUGCACUGCAAUGUCAGACCACCAGCAGGGCUCCAGCACUACGCCACAGCCCCCAGCCUGCAGCCCCCAGCUAGAUGCAUGUGGUGUUUAAUAGAGUGGAUCUAAUGAGGAAGGCUGUCAAUGCUAUGGAUCGGCCAAUAGGUCACGCCAGGUGUAUUGGCAUACGGCACUGAAGUGUGGUAUUGGCUCUUUGAGAGCUGGAAAUGGGUCAGGCUGGGGCUAAACUUCAAUUAUGAGUCAAUAAUGUAGCCAUUGACAAGAUGAUCAGCUUCAGACUAAGGGUUCUCUUUCCAGCUGAUGUUGUAUGUGCAUAAACACGAACAUGUAGCAUCAUUUUUUCAUGAAUCAUAUGGGAAAUGUAUCAGGAAAUGACAUGGUGUAUUUCUUCCAAUAAAUGCAAUUUCUUUCCAAUGAUUGGCUGCUGCUGUGAAAUGCGCAUAGAUAGGUGAGAAAAUGGACUCCCGGUCCACAUUAUCA